UGUUCUACAACAUUUGCUCGCAAACACAGUUCUAAAGCGCAACUGAACGGAUGUGCCGAGCGGAUCAAAAAUGAUAAAUAAUAAUAAUUAAUAAUAAUUGAAAAAGUACAAAAUUUUUUAUGCAAAAGAAGUUGUUUAAAUUUCUGCCUCAUAAUAAUCAUUAACUUAUAGUGCAAAAUAAAAUUUACAAAAACAAAAUUCUUAACUUAUAUUAUAAAAAAAAAUAUUAAAAUAGAGUAUCAAAAAACGUGACUCGUUAAUUUAAUUAGAAAGCAUUGUUUAUAUGUAUUGGUAUCUAAUGAUCACUACACGUAUUUCGUAAUUAACUGGUUUCUCAGUUCCAAUUUUUCAUUCAAUGAUUUAACUUUGAAUAAACUAUUGAAGAGAGAGAGAGAGAGAGAGAGAGAGAAAGAGGGACACGAAGAGUGAUAGAGAGAGAGAUCGAGACAGCGGAAAGAAUAGAACAGAAAAGAUAUUUCUUUUUAAGAGAAUCUAAUCGGAAAAGCGCUGCACUCUCUUAAGCUAAAGUUUUAUUCAUGAAUAAAUGAAAUGAAAACUUAUUGACAUCGUGUGUGUGCAUUUAGUUCGCAAAAUUCAUUAAUGAUUCUCUAAUGACUCUCUAAAUACGGAUUAUUAGUUUGCGAAUACAAAUGCGUUAUAACUCAGUGAAACUGAAAGCGCACGAGAACAGCAACAGCUAAUGUGCACAAGUUUUCAAAGACCUUUUUCUUGUGGAUUAUUUCUAUUGCGCUGUUCUUACUUCGUUCUUGAAAAAAUUAUAAACAAUAAUAACAUCGAUAUAAACAUAGCAAUAUUGGAGGAUAUCAAUUACAAGCUAACGUGGGAAGAUCAAACAUUACGGACCUUUCGUCGCGCCAUCGGCUUUGGGCAAAAUGUCCGUUCGGAUUUGAUACCUUUAUUGGAGAAUAGCACCAAUGAAGAUGUCUUCGAUGCAGUUGUCCGGAUAUUGGUUAACUUAACCGUACCGGUUGAAUGCCUAUUCUCGGUGGACGUUAUGUACCGCACUGAGAUGGGACGCCAUACAAUAUAUGAGGUAAACAAAUUGUUACACACAAAUAAAGAGGCCUUUACCGAUCCCAAAAGUACUAAAUGCAUUGUCGAGCAUAUUAAGCAUAUAUUGGAAUCCGAUUGCAAAUUGUCAACGAGGAAAUGUGAUCAAAUUAACAAUUGCUUGCUAUUGUUGCGCAACGUUUUGCAUAUUCCGGAAGCUAAUGUUAAUUAUUUAGUUUCUUCGUCACACAAUCAAACACCCGGCAGUCAGUCGGUGUCAAUGCAAAAUGUCAUACUUUGGAAUCUUUUUAUACAAAGCAUCGACAAAUUGUUGCUCUAUUUGAUGACUUGUCCGCAACGUUCCUUCUGGGGAGUCAGUAUUGUGCAAUUGAUAGCAGUAAUAUAUAAAGAUCAACACGCCGGCACUUUGCAAAAGCUAUUGAAUAUGUGGUUCGAAGCCUCACUAUCGGAAAGUUCAGAAGACAAUGAGAGUAAUACAUCGCCCCCGAAACAAAAUAGCUGCAAUUCCAGUCCAAUAAUGACUUCAGAUCCCACUUCCGAUUCUUCGGAUAACGGUAGCGCUGGCUGCAAUAAUGUUAGUCCCGAAGAUCGUCGGCAAGCGUUACGUGACGAGACAGAGGCCACGCUGCAAGAAGUGAGCCGCAAAGGCCAAGAAUAUCAGGAUUCUAUGCUUCGGGUACCAGCUGAUAAAGUGGAUAGUUCCGAAGGAGCAAGUGAUAUGGGAACUACCGAUUGUGAAGAAUCCGCUUGUGCUCUAGCCGAACCUAAAACAAAGACUAAAAUGGUUACGGACGAAUCCGAUUCAGUGUCUGAAGUUAGUAUCGUUGAAGCGAUGGAAGCAGCAUACGAAGAAGAAGGUGGUUACUCAGAUGUUACUGUCAUUUAUUCUUCUAAUAGUUUGAAAGAGGAUUUCACACAAAAUAUUGACCGGCGCAAAUCUACAUCAUUGCAAUCGUCUAAAGUGCAACAACAAGAACAGCCAGCUGAACAGUUAUUAAACACUACCAACACCCCAUCAAACUGUGAAAUGCCUCCUCCUGCCUUGCCAAUAAAGGGCUCCUCAUUAGGUCAUGCAUCUAGUAACGCCCCAGUUACCAAAACCAUGGACACACUGAAGAUGUGUCAGAAAGCGCCACAUUCGGGACGCUUGAAUCUAACUAAGGGUAAAUGUGGUCCGCAAAAAAGAGAGUGUCCAUCUUCACAGUCGGAGCUUUCCGACUGUGGUUACGGCACUCAAGUCGAAAAUCAAGAAUCCAUUUCCACAUCAAGUGACGACGGACCUCAGGAUAAGCCGCAGCAUCAAAAACCGCCCUGCAAUUCAAAGCCACGUAACAAACAGAGAACAGUGUUGAUACCUUUAGACAACAAAGAUUUGAGACGUAAGAAGCUAGUGAAACGGAGCAAAAGCAGUUUAAUUAAUAUGAAAGGUCUAGUUCAACAUACGCCUACAGAUGAUGAUAUUUCGAAUCUUCUGAAAGAGUUUACAGUUGACUUUCUACUUAAAGGCUACGGUUUUCUUGUGUCCGAGUUGCAUACUCAACUUUUAGGCGAUAUGAAUAUUUUGAUCGAUACGUCGCAUUUCUUUUGGCUAAUUACUUAUUUCCUAAAAUUUGCCGCGCAACUGGAAUUAGAUAUGGAACAUAUUAGCUCUAUACUUACCUAUGAUGUCAUUAGUUAUCUGACUUACGAAGGUGUUUUACUGUGCGAACAACUCGAAUUGAAUGCUCGCCAGGAAGGCAGCGAUUUAAAACCAUAUUUAAGGCGCAUGCAUUUAGCCGUUACUGCAAUACGAGAAUUCGUGCAAGCUAUAGAGACUUAUAAAAAAGUCACUCAUCUCAGUGAAGAUGACCGUGAACAUUUAAGACAUUUACAGGCGCAAAUAAGUGGCGCCGAAGAUUUACGCAAUUUAUUUGUUUUAUUAAUUCGCCGUUUCAAUCCGAAUUUACAAAACAAACAAUACCUGCAAGAUUUGGUGGUAACCAAUCACGUUUUGCUCUUAAUUUUGGAUUCAGUAACAAGAACGAACAAUAGCAACAGCAACAACGACGCUAACAAGAUUAAUGUGAAGAUGCUUGAACACGUUUCACAAUUCGCAACACAGGAGGUGAUGCAUUUUUAUGGCUUAUUAUUGGAAGAUUUUGAUAAUAAUGGAGAAUACGUCAACGACUGUAUAUUUAAUAUGAUGCAUCAUAUUGCUGGUGAUUUGGGUCAGAUCGGUAUGCUUUUUCAACCGCAUAUAUUGAAAACGUAUUUACGGAUAUGGGAAGCCGAUUAUCAGUUAUGUGAUGACUGGUCUGAUCUGAUUGAAUACGUUAUUCAUAAGGCUAUCAAUACACCGCAGAAAAAUGCCUUAACAUUACCCACAGCUUCAUUAACCGAAUUAAAUAAAGAAUCUAAUAUAGAGGCGUUUACGGAGUGGACCAAAGAGGAAAAAGACACUUUAUAUUGGUACUAUGUACAGAGCAAGAAAAGUAAUGAUGUCGUUGGCAAAAUUGUUUCAUUAUUUAGGAACAAUGGUAAUAAACAAAAAUCCCGUAUAUCGAUAAUAAGGCAGUUGCUGCAACAGGAUAUUAUCACUAUAAUCGAACAUGAUGACUUAAUGAAAUUUGAGGAUGCAGAAUAUCAGCGUUCGUUAUUAACUACGCCUACUUCAGGUACCACAGAAUCCGGCAUUGAUAUGAAGGGGUCCACCGCUUCUGGAAAAUCUUCGGAUGAUAUACAGAUACUGCUCGAUCUUCUUGUGAGAGAGAAGAAGCAACAAGAUUUAGUCUGGCUUCAAAAGCUUUUAUUAGAAUGUUGUUUUGUGAAGUUAAUGUUACGAGACGGUUUACAAUGUGAAGAUCGCCGGCGUCUAAAGUAUGUUAUGGAACCAGUGGCCUAUCAUUGCAUUUUGAAAAAUAAACCAAUACCUCUGGUACAGUGGAAUAACGAACAAACGUUGACAAUGUUACAUCAACCGUUUCUAUUGCUUUUACACAAAUUGGGCUUUCAGUUACCAGACGAUGGUGGUUCCAUAUUCGCCCGAAUACCAAAUUUUUGGACACCCGAAAUGAUGUAUACAUUGGUGAAGAAAUUGGGUUCAUUGGAUAAAUUAUUGAUCAAGUUUGAUACAAAUAAAAUGGAGGGUAUUACGGAACACAAAACUAAUCAAAACCUUUGUAAAUGUUCGGAUGAUUUAACGCACUCGGCGUCUAAUCUAGAAGUAGAAAUUCUUGGCAAGAGCCGAACAGCACCUUCCUCGCAAUUGCUGGAAACAAAUUUGGAAAAAUCAGCUAAUACAGAAAUAUUUGCGGUACCUAAGACGAAACAUAGCAAUUCGAUUAUUAGAUUUACUCCGGAUCCGGCGCCAACACCAUCUAUACCCGAAUGGUUGCAAGUAGUAAUGCGCAGUAAAUUUCAUAAAAGUAACAUUACUCCUAAUAAUAAUCUCGGCUCCAAUGAUAUGGCUGCAGUAAAUCUAAUGCAAGCCUCGGCUACUGAUGGCUACGGUAACGGUACGGAUUCUGAUAUUUAUUCGACGAUCAACAAUACAUCAAAUGCAUCGGCGACUCUUUUGUUAACAAAUACAAAAACAACAACAAGCAUUUCACACAUAAUGACAGCUGCGAAGGCAACAUGCAGCAAUAGCUCGUUGCCAAACAAUAACAAAACAUCAGCGGCAGCGGUCGCGACAACAACAACAACAACAACGGUAACAGCAAACAAGACAAUUUUACAUUAUCCACCAACACCAUUACCAUGUCCGUCAAUCAACAACAAUAUAAUUGGUUUACAACAUGAAUCAAAUAAUCUCCAGAGCAAUGAGAGCAACCAUAAAACAAACAAUAUGACAGGAGCAACAAUCAAUAACACAACAAUUACAACAAUACCAACGUUGCCAAUAGAAAAAUUGUCAAAUUCUUCAUUAUUAUUAACAACAACGUCGUCAUCGUUAUCACCACUAUCGAUAAUAACAAGUACGACAGCAGUAACAGCUGCUGCCACAAUGCCAACAACAUCUUUAAUAGAGUCGCCAACGACAGUUACAAACAGUUCGAAGGAGUUCAAAUAUGAUCACAAUACAACGCAACAACAGAAACAACAUUGUUUCACUCAAAGCAAACAACAAAGCUUUGUUAGUAACGACGACGACGAUGACUCGGCAAUGCCUAUAAUUGAACGUAAAGACUCCUAUACAAGUGACUUUUACUCAAUGGGUUCAACUAAUGGACACUUGGAGCAGGAAUAUUGUGCUAUGGUCGCCUCAGUUUAUGGACAAGAGAUGGCCAACAGCGACUGUGCUUCAGUUGCCUCCGACUUGACACGGAUGUACGUCAGCGAUGAAGAUGAUAAGCAUGAAUAUCGUGUUGCCGAUCAUUAUCAUUAAAAACUGAUAUUUCAACUAUCAGUUCAUAAAUUACUUUGUCUUUUUUGCCUCAAGUAAAGGACAAAAUUGAUAAAAAAAAAAAAAUAAAAAAAUAAAAAAACCAAAAACUCAAAUAAAAUGUUAUGCUUAAGGAAAUGUUAAUACCUGCAAAUAAGUUAAUAUUAGGACAAACAAUUUAACGAACAAGAGCAACAAAUCUUAUUGACUAUGCGUUCAGUUUAAUAAACACAAACAGCCUAUUUACUCUCUACUCUAUACAUAGAUAUUUAUACAGCUUUAUAUACAAUUACAAUAACAAAAUAAAGUACAUUUUAUUUGAUAUUUCAAUGUUUGAAAAACCUUUAGAAUUUUUCCUUCUUCUCUUUUCGCCCCGC